AUGACCCUGUUCGCCAUCACUUUGGGACUCAGCAACAUCGCCGUCAGCCGACUUGCACAUCUCUGGGAAACUUAUUUCUUUCAGCGUCUGCCAGCAAAGCUCCGUCGACAAUUCGCCGAAUUUGAAUCGCUUCUGGAUCCCUCUCGAAAUCACCGCCCCUACCGUGCUCUCGUCGCCAAGUAUUGGGCCACUACGGAGGUGCUGCUGGCAUUGCCACAAAAACGUGUCACAACCCUUCGGAAAUUCAUCAAAAUUGCCAUGUAUGCAAAGGAAAAUCGCGACCUAAUGACACUGUUCGCCAUCACUUUGGGACUCAGCAACAUCGCCGUCAGCCGACUUGCACAUCUCUGGGAACGUCUGCCAGCAAAGCUCCGUCGACAAUUCGCCGAAUUUGAAUCGCUUCUGGAUCCCUCUCGAAAUCACCGCCCCUACCGUGCUCUCGUCGCCAAGGUAUUUUACUUUUUGGAGAAUCACUAG